AUGCAUUGAGCAGCUGGAAAGUGACGGUUUCUCCUUGCAAAGCUUCUUCAAGGAUUCCACGUACGAAGACAACGAAGUCAAGAUGAUCCUGGCGGCCAUCCAAAGGGUGAAGCCGGACUUCCAGCCGGAAUUCUUCUCCCCUCCGACCACCACCAUCCCGCUACUGGACAAAUUCUACAAGAAGGUAAAAUUUGAAAGUCUUUGUUACCUCCGAGGAUUUAUCUUGCCUUCUUUUCAGACGGUUUUCAGCCUGCCAGCUCUUGGGGAAUGCGUCACCGUCUUAGCGAAGGAACUGGGUACCAGGAUCUACAAUAAAUACACCAUCCUUAGGAAAAGCUGUACCAUUUCGGAGGUCAAUUUUGAGAAGACCUACGAUAGCUACGUCCAACUUUUGGCCAGGAAUAAUAAGCAGGUGAAUGGUUUUUUGCCGCGGGAAUAUUGGGAGAAGCUGAGAGCAGAGGUGGGCUAUAGUCCUUCCUUGAUAUCCAAGCAGGCCGUCUGGCCCCCAAGCCUCUUGAUUCAGCUGGGUUUUCAGCUGAUAGAACUGAUGGUGCAAACCCUCAAGCUGGACCACAGCCUGCUGCCUUCGCUUCCCGAGACGUCCGUCAUUCCUGUUCUGUAUCACGUCUAUUCUUUCCGCGGAACCAAGCAGAUAGGUUUCAUUAAACCCCACUAUCUCCUGAUCCGGAUUCUUCAGGAGGCUUCGGAGACGACCCUCACCUUCGACUCUUUCGUCCUCCCCAUGCAGUGUCCCCCCGUGCCCUGGGUCUCUUCCCACUUCGGGGCUUACACUCUCUCUCCGGUCAAGCUGAUGCGAUGCCAAGACGGGGUCAUCCAGCACGAUCUCCUUUUGGACGAGUGCCCUCAUGACCAUCUCUGCUUGGUCCUGGAUGCGCUGAACUUUCUGGGCAACUGCCCUUGGAAAGUCAACCAACCCGUAUUGGACGUGAUCAUUUCCAUCUUCAACGAUAAAGGCGAUGAGAAAUUGGACGUCCCUCCACCGCCAUCUUGGGAGGCCAAAGAGCUGGCCAGGCAGCUGGCCGAGAGUGCGCCAAUGUCCCGGAUGGCUCUGAAAUGGAGGAUGGCCCAAUGCCGUAAGAAGACCAGGGAGACCUACGGUCUGCGGAUGGACAUGCUCUAUAAGCUGUCCAUCGCCAAGCACAUGAAAGACGAGGUUUUCUGGUUCCCCCACAACCUGGAUUUCCGCGGGAGGACCUACCCCUGUCCCCCUCACUUCAACCACCUGGGGGGCGACUUCACGCGGGGGAUUCUCCUCUUUGCGGAGGGGAAGCCCCUUGGGCCACGCGGCCUGGAUUGGCUGAAGAUCCACCUGGUCAACCUGACUGGGCUGAGGAAGAAGCACUCUCUGAAGGAGAGGUUGGCCUACGCUGAUCAGAUCAUGGCGGACAUCUUGGAUUCGGCCGACAACCCUCUAACGGGCAAGAGGUGGUGGAUGGACACCGAUGAACCCUGGCAAGUUUUGGCGUGUUCCAUGGAGAUUGCCAAGGCGGUGCGAUCUCCCGAUCCUUCGAAAUACAUCUCCCAUUUCCCCGUUCAUCAGGAUGGCUCAUGCAAUGGGCUUCAGCAUUACGCUGCGCUUGGGCGCGACAUGCUUGGGGCCUUCUCCGUCAAUCUCACCCCAUCUGCACUUCCUCAGGACGUCUACACUUCAGUGGCUCAGCAG